CGCGCGUGCACUCACAUAUACACAAACCUUCCCCCCCCUCCUUCGCGCUGGGCAGGAACGCAGCUCUCUCUCUCUUUCUCUGUGUGUACAGGCGCAGUGUGUGCAGCUUCGCUCUGCACUGAAUGAACUAGAUUCCCGGCCACGUAAGAAGCACAGCAGUACCACGGGAGAGAGGAUGUCCUGCUGAAUCAAGGGAUUGGCCUGGGAAAGUCGGCCGUCCCUUCCUUCCUUCCACAAGCUUUGCAGCGGCAUUCACAGGCGACAGGCGGCACAUUUCUUCUACUGGAUAAGUUCAAGCGGAGGAUAGAGAGCGCCGAACCAAGCAACACAAAGAGCUUCAGCAGUCUCUCCGGAUGGGGCUCUCUCCUUAUGACAAUCACCGUGCAUGGAUGUGAUCCCGGGGAACAAGGCCGUGCACUGACCUGGUACUCGUUAGCCCAUCAAGCUAACUAGUUAGCUCUGCACCUGCUAGCAAAACCCUGACGAAUUUCAGCAGCUAUUAUUAGCUCAGAAACUUGCUUAAUUUGUUUGGCUUGUGCAUUCCUUAAAUGCGACUGCAAGCCGCGUAAAAAUAUAUUGUUUCCGUUUUACGAAACGUCUCAGCAUUUCACCGGCGAGAUAAGCUAGCGGACCGUUGACUUAGCAGCCUUCAUUCAUUUUUAAAAGCUAACUUUUGGUAGCCUUUGUUGCAGCUUUUUGUCUUGCAUCCACGUUAAUGAAACUGCACCUCGUUGUUGACGGCUUUCAGAGAGCUUUGGCCUUACAGUCAGGUAUUUAACACGGACUUCAUUCCAUGAAUGUAUAACAAAGGGGAGCAGAUGAGCUGUGGACAAAUUAAACCCUUUUUGAGUAUAGUUUCUCGCCUGUUGACACAAAACCAAAGCACGGUACUUUAAAUCCACAUUAUUUUUGGAUUAUUAUUAUUUUUUUAUUAUCCAUACGUAUAUACGUGACAUAUUUUAAAGUAUCGUGCGAGCUAGAGGUGCCCUAGCCGAGGAAGAGGAGAACAAGGAGAAAACUUCAUAAAUUUUUUGUGUGCGUGUGUGGAGAUUUCGCACUUAUUCCUCAUGAACAUACAGAGGUCAAAUCCAAUCAGCAUUUCACGUUAUGGGAGAUCGCGACACAAAUCGCACGAUUUUGAAGAAUUGUCUUGCCUAAGGACUACAGAGUCGAACCAGAGUUUCAGCCCGAACCUCGGUUCCCCCAGCCCGCCGGAGACCCCGGACUCCUCGCACUGCAUCUCCCGCAUCGGGGACUACCUUUUGUUGGAGCCGCUGGAGGGAGACCACGUUUUCAGAGCCGCCCACCUGCACAGCGGCGACGAGCUCAUAUGUAAGGUUUUCGACAUCGGCCGGUACCAGGAGUCGCUGGCGGCCUACUUCGCCCUGGGCCAGCAUGAGCACAUCAACCAGAUCUUGGAGAUUUUGCUCGGCGAAACGCGAGCCUACGUGUUCUUCGACAGGAGCCACGGCGACAUGCACUCCUUCGUCCGCACCUGCAAGAAGCUGCGGGAAGACGAGGCCGCCCGGCUCUUCUAUCAGAUAGCCUCGGCCGUGGCACAUUGCCAUGACAACGGACUGGUCCUCCGUGACCUCAAACUGAGGAAGUUCGUCUUCAAGAACGAGGACAGAAACCUUGUUAAACUGGAGAGCCUCGAGGACUCUUAUAUCCUUGCUGGUCUUGACGAUUCGCUGUCAGACAAACACGGCUGCCCGGCCUACGUCAGCCCGGAGAUCCUCAACGCCAACGGCAGCUACUCGGGCAAGGCGGCCGACGUCUGGAGCCUGGGCGUCAUGCUCUACACCAUCCUCGUGGGGCGCUACCCUUUCCACGACGUCGAGCCGGGCUCGCUGUUCAGCAAAAUCCGCCGGGGCCACUUCAACAUUCCCGAGACGCUGACGCCGAAGGCCAAGUGCCUCAUCCGCUCCAUACUGCGCCGGGAGCCGGCGGAGCGCCUCACCUCCCGAGAGAUCCUGGAGCACCCGUGGUUCGCCUCCUCCGGAGUGCUGGGGGGCUUCCUGACGCACGGCAGAGGGGAGAGGGAGCAGGAGCAAAUGGUGCCUGAGGUGAACAUGGAGGAGGAGCUGGAGCUCUUUAGCUGAACCGCCACCACUGACGGAGAAGCACAAAACGGAGAACGCCGCCACGGGGUCGGCUUGCCACGGUAUCGGCAGAGCUCCGCCUCCCUGCCCUCCCUCCCAAAAAAAAAAAAACCCACAAAAAAAAAAUAGAACAGUAGUAUAGAGA